AUGGAGCAUUACACAUCACAUGUAGGAUGUGAGAUUUCUAAAGUGCCUUUAUCUGAUAUUGCUCUGAGGAUUAUGUCAGCUUUGCGGUCUAUUCCUGUAGGAGAAGCUCAGACUAGCAGAAAAAAUUAUCAGAGUAUAGAGAAGACAAAGGAAAAUAAACUAGGUGAUGCACAUCUGGAAAAUGAAAAGGAGAUUCAUGAUUCUGCGAUUGUAUUAAACACAUCUGCCAGCACAGAAAAAAGUACCGCUGAUCAAACAAUCAGGACAGUGCAUGUAAACAAAAUGUUUUGCAGUCGAGAGACCAAAAUAGUAGGCUCUCUUUACCAGGAUUUAGCCUUACCAAAACAGGUACAUAGAGAAGGAAACUUUCCAGUAGAAGCAAAAAGCCUGAAGGAUAGUGAAAAGAAUGCAGCUACUUCCCUUAAAAGAAAGCAGGAUGCAUGUACAUGUUCAGAGAAAACAGGAAAAUUUCGUCUGAAGAACUGCACUCUUUCAUAUGAAGGAAGAUAUAACUGGAUUUCUAGACAAGCAGAAUCAUCUGAAAAUUGUCCUUGUGAUAUUAGAAGUUUGGGAUAUGAAGAAAAAAGAGAAUUGCUUGCAACUAUCAAACAGGCAGUGGCUUUGAUAACUACUAUGGUAUUUCAAGAUGGUUCUUCACAGCUCAACUCAGAGCAGGUCUUAACUUCAUCAGUAAAAGGAAUUGUUGUCUUAGUGAAGAGUCAGACAGAUUGCCUUUGCUCUCCCAGUUACUCUUCAACUGCCAAUACUUGGGAUGCUUCUAAUCAAAAAGAUAAAUUAAUUUAUUUAAAAAAUGAGUGGUCAUCGGUUUGGAAACAAGAAGAACAGACUCAGAAGAAAUAUAUUGGGCAAAUACUGUUUCAAAUGCUACAUUGCAAAGUUCCAGUUAUUUGUUUCAAUGCAAAAGAUUUCCUGAGGACACUCCUUCUAGUUUAUGGUAAUAAAAUUAGCUGGAAACAAGUUGCUGACAGUGUCGUGUUAGAUCCAAGAAUUGCAGCCUGGCUGAUAAACCCCAGUGACACAGUUCCCUCUUUUGAACGUUUAAUACAGACGUAUUUUGAAAAAUCUUUUUCACUGGGGAAAGUAAAUUCAGAUACAGGUUCUUUGAGAAAUGCGUUGUAUCAAAACAUAGGUUUACAUUUGGAGAAGCUUUAUAAUGUAAUGAUGGACCUUACUCAUGACUUACAGGUUCAAGGUUUGUGGAAAUUAUUUUGCACAUUAGAGGUUCCACUGAUCAAAAUUCUGGCAGUGAUGGAAACACACCAAAUACAUGUGAACAAACAGGAACUGAAAAAAACAUCAGAGAUUCUGGGGUUGCGACUGAAGGAGCUUGAGCAGGAAGCCCAUCAAGCUGCUGGAGAACAAUUCCUUUUGACGAGCAGUAGUCAGCUCAGAGAGAUAUUAUUUGAAAAAUUGAAACUGCAUAUGCUGUGCGAGAAAAUUCCCAGAACUGAGAUACAGCAAGUUGAAUCCACCUCAGAAGCUGUGCUAAGUAAGUUGCAAGAUCUUCAUCCCUUGCCUAAGAUAAUUUUAGAAUAUCGACAGGUUCAUAAGAUAAAAUCAACAUAUGUAGAUGGACUACUAACAUGCACGAGAAAGGGAUUUAUUUCUUCUACAUGGAAUCAAACAGGAACUGUGACUGGCAGACUUUCAGCCAAACAUCCAAACAUUCAAGGUAUCUCUAAACAUCCAGUUAAAAUUAUAAAGAAACAUUACAUAAAAGGAAAAGAAGAGGAAAUAGUAACUAUUUCCCCAAGAACAUUGUUUGUUUCAAGCAAAGGAUAUACAUUUUUAGCAGCAGAUUUUUCCCAUAUUGAACUAAGGAUCCUUGCUGACCUGUCAUCUGAUCCAGAACUUUUGAAACUGUUCGAAGAACCUGAAACUACUGAUAUCUUUACCACACUGGCUUCUCAGUGGAAGGGGAUUCCAAGUGAACAAGUGAAGCAGACUGAUAGAGAACAGGCAAAGCGUAUGGUCUACUCGGUGGUUUAUGGAGCAGGUAAAGAGCGUCUUGCUGAAUGCCUUGGACUUACUCCUCUUCAAGCCAGUCACUUUAUAGAUAGUUUUAUGCAAAAGUACAAGAAAGUUCAUGAAUUUACAAAGAUGACCAUUGAACAAUGUCGAAAAAAAGGUUAUGUAGUUUCCAUAAUGGGCCGUAAAAGACCGUUGGCUAAUAUCAAUGCACGGGAUUACAAACUGCGGACCCAAGCAGAGAGGCAGGCUGUCAAUUUUGUUGUUCAAGGAUCUGCAGCUGAUCUUUGUAAAAUGGCUAUGGUUGAGAUUUUUAACUCUGUUGCCAUUUCUCCAACUUUAACAGCCAGGUUAAUUGCCCAGAUUCAUGAUGAGUUGUUGUUUGAAGUAGAAGAUUCUCAAAUUCAGGAAUUUUCGGCUCUUGUAAAAAGAACAAUGGAAUCCCUGCAGCAAACCACAGCCUUGGAAGUGCCGCUAAAGGUUCCUUUGAAAGUGAUUCUUACCGCUGGGAAAUCAUGGGGGUGUAUGACAGAAUUGCAGGAGAUGUAA